AUGCACCUCCAUCUAACCCUAACUGCGAUCGCAGGGUGUGUGCUUCAAUCCGCCACAGCCUAUGUAGCCCAAGAGCCACGAUCGGCGCCGCCAACAUGUCAGAAAACCACGGUCGCUAUUCUAGGCGCGGGAAUGGCUGGGAUAAAAGCCGCUGAAACCCUAACCAAUGCCUCGAUCCACGAUUUUGUCAUCCUCGAGUAUCGCGACACCAUUGGCGGUCGUGUGUGGCAUACGGAAUUCGGCAAGGAUGAGAACGGGGACCCCUAUCUUGUGGAAAUGGGUGCAAAUUGGAUUCAAGGAAUUGGCACCGAGGAUGGGCCGCAGAACCCGAUUUGGACACUGGCCAAAGAGUACAAGCUGAACAACACGUUCUCCGACUAUGCCAAUGUUUCCACGUAUAAUCACCACGGGUACUCGAACUAUUCGCACCUCAUUGCGGAGUUCGAUGCGGUCGAGGGAAUCGCCAGUGCUGCGGCAGGCACCAUCCUGACUGAGAAUCUCCUGGAUCAGACGGCCCAGACCGGACUCGCGCUGGCAGGGUGGAAGCCCAAGAAAACGGACAUGGAGGCGCAGGCCGUCGACUGGUGGAGUUGGGACUUCGAAACGGCAUAUCCGUCGCUGGAGAGCUCCCUGGUAUUUGGCUAUGCGGGUAGCAAUCUGACCUGGAACGGAUUCAGCGACGAGGACAACCUUGUCUGGGACCAGCGAGGGUACAACACCAUCAUCAAGGGCAUGGCGUCGAAGUUCUUGCCAGCGGACGAUCCACGACUCCGUCUGAACACCCAGGUGGCCAACAUCACGUACUCAGACAAGGGUGUGACGGUGCAUAACCGCGACGGUACGUGCGUGCAGGCUCAGUAUGCCCUGUGCACGUUCUCCCUCGGCGUGCUCCAGAACGAUGCCGUGACGUUCACUCCCCAGCUGCCCCUCUGGAAGCGCACGGCCAUCGAGAAGUUCACCAUGGGCACCUACACCAAGAUCUUCCUCCAGUUCAACGAGACGUUCUGGCCCGCAGACACACAGUACAUGCUCUACGCCGACCCCAAGCUCCGCGGCCGCUAUCCCAUCUGGCAAUCGCUCUCCACCCCCGGCUUCCUCCCCGGAUCCAACAUCAUCUUCGCGACCGUCACCAACGACUUCGCCUACCGCGUGGAGACCCAGUCCGACGACGAAACCAAGGCAGAGCUCAUGCACGUGCUGCGCUCCAUGUUCCCGGACAAGGCCCUCCCCGAGCCCACCGCCAUCAUGUAUCCGCGCUGGAGCACCGAGCCCUGGGCGUACGGCAGCUACUCCAACUGGCCCCCGGCUACGAGUCUCGAGGAGCAUGAGAACCUCCGUGCGAACACCGGCCGGCUGUGGUUCGCUGGCGAGCACACGUCCGCCUCCUACUUUGGGUUCCUGCAUGGGGCUUGGUUCGAGGGCCGGGAUGCCGGGAGGCAGAUUGCGGCGCUGCUGCAGAAGCGUUGCGUGUAUUACAAUUCGACCAGGGAGAGGUUGUGUGGACCUCGGAAGCAUUAUGAGACGUUGCAUGGGUUCACCCCUCUGGCGGACUAUAGUGCUGUGAACGGCUGGACGGGGAACAGUUUCUAUGAUUAUAAUCACGAUUAG